AUGUCGUCUAGUUACGGUGUGCUCUGUGUGGAUAUUGGAACGCGAUUUAUAAAAUCUGUGGUGGUGAAAAUUGACCAAACUCAGAAGACUAUUUUACCGGAAACAUAUCAGAUCACGCCGGCAAUCGUGUCGCUAUCCCCGAACGGGGAAUGCCUGUGCACUGGGGUCAAAGCAAAAGCAAUGUUCAAUGUCCAGAUGAACCAGCAGUCUUCCAAUAACUUCGUUACAGAUGUGUUUUCGCUGCUCGGUAAAACCUUGGUCGAUUGGCGGGAUUUCACGACUUUCAGUCAUCCCAUACAGACGACAUUCAAUGACAAUCUCAAGAUCGCGGUUGGCGCGAAGACCUACUACCCGGAAGAAAUAAUCUCAAUGAUAUUGGAAGAUAUCAAAUAUUCCAUUAAGCACUGCAACGUGAAGGAGAUUGCUUUUAAUUAUUUAAAUGUUGAGAUUGGCAAGUGCAUGGCGGCAUGCUCCGGAUUAAAGUUUCACAAGAUCAUGAAGCAGACGUACCUGCCCACAAUGCAUUCGUACAUAGUUCAUCACAGUGCGAUAAUCUCGAAAAUAUCUUUAAUAAUCAUAGAUUUUGGAAUCAGUGAGUUAAGAAUAACUCAUAUCAACAGCAUCAAUUAUUUGAAGCAAACGUACAAGAACGUUUCAUCGUCUGAAUUCGCCAAAUUGCUGGAGAUCUUUCUACUUUGGUCGGAGAAUAUAUCUGGUUCGUUGAACGAACGUCUUCGAUUGGAAAAUGAGUGCGAAAAGGCGAUGGUGGCUCUAUCUACCAGAGAAUCUUGUCAGAUUCGUUUGAGGGCCGGACGGGAGGAGAAAUGGAUUGUCGUGACAAGAGAUGCUUUCGAGAUGGCGAUAAAACAAGCUGUGAUGAGGUUUUUGCGAAUAGUCGGGCAGUUCGUAAGAGACAAAAAUAUAGAUUUAAAGAUAUCGGAUGUCAUCUUGAUGGGUGGAUCCAGCAAUAUUCCUUUGGUCAGAAGAUCUCUCGAAGAAUACAUACAGAAACCAAUUUGCGAGAUGGCCGUCCUACCUGAAUACAUCACAGCCCAUGGAAUUGCUUCCUCAAUUAUAAAUAAAAUCACAAACGAAAAGCAAUAGAAAAGUGAUAUUUUAUAUAUGAAAUUGUUUGGUUUCAUUACAUCCCUGAAUCAAAGAGUUUGUCAAGAUUCAUUCCUUUGACAUAUCAACCAAAUUAAAGGAAUAGUCCUCUUUUCGGGACAUUUCCUAGAAAAUUAUGCUUAUCCCAACGCCCUUCAAAGA